AUGUAUCGGCCGAACUUCUACGAAAGCACGUGUCUGAGGUGCGCCCAGACCGUCUACCAGGUGGACAGGGUCGGCCCGCUGAAGGACUUCACGUUCUUCCACGCGGGAUGCUUCAAGUGCGCGAUCUGCGGCACGAAACUCACCCUGAAGACGUACUACAACAACCAGCACACGAUCAAUGACAAGGAGGUGUAUUGCAGCAGCCAUGUGCCCAAACCGGGACCGGGCACCUUGGACGGGUCCAGCGUGGGCAUCAGGAGCGCUUUGAACGUUCCCAGGAGCGGUUACGUCAACGAGCAGAUCAGAGCCGGCGGUGCGCACCUGAACGGACAUGGUUCACCGCCGGCGACGAAUUCCGGUCAACGUGAUUUCCAUGGGAAUGCCGGCGGAGGCGCGUCCUCGCCGUACAACAACCACCAUUACGCCGUGGACGGGAGCUACCAGUACGGGAGAUUCGACGCGAGCGCGCUUCACAUCGCCCAUGCCCUUAAGCAGACGGAACUUCAGAAGGGCUACAGCAAGGCACGGGAGAAGCCCAUCGAUUAUUAUCUGGAUCGAGAUGAACAGACGCGUCUCGAGAUGAAGCAUCGCAAGGAGGAAGACGAUCUCUAUCGAAAGUUUGCGCACCAUCGCGAGGAGGAGGACAGAAGGAUCCGAGAGGAGUUCAGAGACGAGUGGGAGAAAGAGCUGGAGCAGCUGUCGGCGAGAUGGGAACGCGAAAAAGGCGGAAGAGUUCGAACCCAAGCUGGAACACGAACGAUUGUCAGUUGCCUUAGGUUAAUGAUGAUAACACAGAACGAAAAGGCGGCAACCGCGGCGCUCGUGGAGAAACAGAGCUCCGAGAUGUUGGAGCUGAUCAAUGAGGCGAGAAGCGAGUAUAUGCGUCAGGAGAGCCUGUACCUAGACGAGGGGGACGGUUAUGCCCAGGAAGCGCCGCCUAUGCCUUAUCCAUCCCGCGCACCGCCCCCGCAACCCCCGGCCCUCGCCAAGUAUCACAUCUACAAUGAUCCUUUGGAGUUUGCUGACAUGGAUCAGAUAGCUAUUUCGGUGGCCCAAGAAGAUCAGAAAACGUUCACGGAUCUGGUGCGGCAGUUGGUGAGCAGAUGUGGAUCGGAUAUAGAAAAGGCGAGGACGAUAUUUCGAUGGAUCACCGUGAAGAAUCUGAACACUAUGCAGUUCGAUGAAAAUCUACGCGGAGACACGCCUAUGGGCUUGCUGAGAGGGAUCAAACACGGGACCGAAAGCUACCACGUUCUGUUCAAACGAUUGUGCAGUUACGCGGGUUUGCAUUGCGUCGUGAUAAAGGGUUACAGCAAGUCGGCCGGUUAUCAGCCGGGGGUGUGUUUCGAGGACAACCGAUUCCGUAACAGCUGGAACGCGGUCUACGUAGCCGGCGCGUGGAGAUUCGUUCAGUGCAAUUGGGGAGCACGACAUCUCGUCAAUGCCAAAGAAGUUCCUCGACCUGGACAAGCAAAAGCAAAGAACGAUAGCCUUCGAUACGAGUACGACGACCAUUAUUUCUUGACGGACCCACGGGAAUUCAUCUACGAGUUCUUUCCCCUCCAAGAGGACUGGCAACUGCUCAAGCAGCCGAUUUCACUCAAAGAUUUCGAAGAGCUGCCUUUCGUGCGAUCGUUAUUCUUCAGGUACGGCCUUUACUUCCCCGAUACGAACACCAACGCCGUUAUGUACACGGAUUCUACGGGUGCCGCGACCGUCAGGAUAGCAAUGCCGGCGCAUAUGCAGUCUUCUCUCAUUUUUCACUAUAACUUGAAGUUUUACGACAACGAUGGGGACGGAUACGACGGCGUGUCGCUGAAACGUUUCGUCAUGCAGUCUGUCGUGGGCAACGUGGUCGCAUUUCGUGUCCACGCGCCGUGCUCGGGAGCGUUCCUCCUGGACAUCUUCGCGAACGCGGUGACGCCGAAAGAAUACCUCACCGGCGAGCCCAUGAAGUUCAAGAGCGUCUGUAAAUUUAAAAUCGCCUGCGAAGAGCUUCAGACGGUGAUGGUGCCUCUGCCAGAUUGCGCGAGCGGUGAAUGGGGUCCGACAAAGGCGACGAGACUCUUUGGACUUAUACCAAUUACUCAUCAGGAAGCUCUGGUGUUCGCCGGCCGCGAGCUAGAGAUCCAAUUCCGGAUGUCGAGAUCGUUGACCGACUUCAUGGCUACGCUGCACAAGAACGGUAUCGAGGAGAAACGUCUCUCCAAAUACGUCACGCACUCGAUCGCCGACGACGACGUGGUCACUUUCACGAUUAGCUUCCCCGAGGAAGGCCAAUACGGUCUGGACAUUUACACCAGGGAAUCGACCAGCCCGACGAGCGUUCCGCACGACGUCACAGGCGAGAAACACCUGCUCACGCACUGCUGCAAGUAUCUGAUCAACUCCAGCAAACGGAAUUAAGGAUACCAUGUUUUAUUCCGUUUGCG